AUCCAGCCCUGCCUGUGACACUGUUCCUCAUCCAGGCCCCUGCAGUCCAGACCCACAGGGAUCCUGGUGGACUCCCCAGGACAGGGCCUCCCUGGGACUCACGCAGUAGCCAAUCCCUGCCCAAGGCUCAGCUCCAUGCAGCCCCCUGGACCUCCUCCCCAGGGCAGAUCUGAGGCCAGCCUACUGUCCCAGGCAGCCCUUGGCAUGGGGCAGGAUUGAAUUCUUAUCUGCCUUCCCUUGAGGUGGCCCUGGGAACUCCCACCCAGCCUUAGUCUCCAGCUCCCCUUUCACCUCCAGCAGGGAACCCACUGGGGAUGCUUCCCAGAGGGUGUAGAGAUGGGGAGACAGGCCGGCAGAGGGGAGUGUGCUGCCAAGCCACACUGCCAGGCUGUGGUUAGCCAGGGCUUGACUGCCCCCAGCCAGUGAGCCAGGAGCCUCAAGCCAUUGCUCCGUAUCAGUGCCCAGGUUGAGCAGGAAGCAGAUGGCUGCGUGGGCAGGAAGCACCCUAUACCAGGAGAGACAAAAUGCCUCCCAUACUAGCCUCAAUUUACCGAUGCCUUCCCACUGGCGCAGGAACCGGCCCAUCAACGUGAACCAUUACGCCAACAAGAAGAGUGCGGCCGAGAGCAUGCUGGACAUCGCGCUGCUGAUGGCCAAUGCCUCCCAGCUGAAGGUGGUCAUCGAGCAGGGCCCCAGCUUUGCCUUCUUCAUGCCGCUGGUGGUCCUCAUCUCCAUCUCCUUGGUGCUGCAGAUCGGCGUGGGUGUGCUGCUCAUCUUCCUUGUAGGUGUAAGGACGAGGCCUGGAGUUGGUGUGAGGAUUGCUAGGUCACUGUGCAUAGUGCUCAGAGGUGCCUGCUCAGCGCUCUGUGCCUUCAAACCCAGACCUGGCCGUGGGCAUGCCUUGCGGUCACUGACCAGACACUGGCUGCUUGUGAGAAAACAGGGGUUGCAGGGAGAUGGACGUCAGGCUGCCAGUCAGGUACGACCUCAACAACCCUGCCAAGCACGCCAAGCUGGAUUUCCUCAACAACCUGGCCACGGGCCUGGUGUUCAUCAUUGUAGUGGUGAACAUCUUCAUCACUGCCUUCGGUGUCCAGAAGCCUGGGGUAGACGCAGCGCCCCGGCAGUAGGGGCUCAGAUGCCCCCAUCACACCCUGCUGCAGCUGCCAGACCCCGGGAGCCACCUGACCCCUGAGGUCUACUCCCUGCCUGAGGCAUUCCCCGAAACCACUGGAGCCCUGACCGGGCCCACUGGACUGUGUCCCGGGUUAAGCCUCCCAUGGUUAGGCCACCAGGGGCCAAUGCAUGGCCUGCUCUGCCCUCAGCUGCUCUCCCUGGAGUGUGGGCUGGUGAGGUCCGAGACAGAACUGGCAAGCCCCCAAGGAGGGUUGUCACCACGGCCACACGGCAGGCCCAAGGAUGGACUGGCCAGGGCCAGAGGGGUGGGGAGACACCCUACCCCAUGCCAGCUGUGGGCGGCCCACAGCCUCCGUGCUUCCUGGACCACCAGUGCCCCCUGUCCACUGCUGUGAGUGCUGGUACGGCCAUCUGCCAGCCAUGCCAGGCAGGCCCCAGCCCCACUUUCCUAAGCAGCCACACCAAUAAAGCUAGCUGAGGCCCCUGCUCCAAA